UCUCGCAGGUUUUAAAAUGGCCGCUCACUUUAUUCAAACACGUCAAGCUGCGGCUAUCAUAGAUGGAAUCCACACGGAGGUGCUAUGUUCCGCUUAUCACGACAGAAUGUUCGUGAUCGUCUCCCAGUUUGAGAAAAUUGGAACUUUGGUAAGCUUUAAAUUUUGUCAGAUCGAUAGUAAUGUGAAUAUUUUUAUAUUACAGGAAAUCUGGCAUGUUUAUGCAAAACAGAUAGGAGCCCUGGUCAAUGAGCAUUGCAGUAAACCAGUUCUCUUAGGAAUUGCCCUCAAGAAACAUUCACCACAGAUUUUACAACAAAUUUUAACACUUCUCCAAUCAAACAGCGUGUGGUGAUGAUUUCUGGAGAAAGUUAGGGAUUGCCAAAUCUUAAAACUCACAGUACACCUUUGAUUAGAAGAAUGUACUUAUGUUUAAAACCGCCAACUACUGUUUGUUGUUUCACAUUUUAUUUGUACAAAUAAGUCUCCUCUUUAUAACACUUGUUUUCUCUAGUGUGAAACACAACGUACAAAAAUAAAGUAUUAUCUUAGUUAAAUUAUGUAAUAAACUGACAAGUAUUUAAGAGACAAUACAGUGGUACCCCACGAAGCAGGCUUUCAAGUAGAAAGAGAGAGCAAGUCACAGCAGGUGUAACAUGCCUGGGCAGACACACAAGGAAAAGAAAGCAACUCUUCGCUCUUUGCUAUAGCAUAUCACACUGUUCCAACUCAUUCCGUAUUAUUACUCAACACGAGCAGGCUGCCAUUUUUUUUUUGCUAGUAUUUACAAAACAAAGUAAACUGUCCACCAAGUCUAGUCUCAUUUUUUUCAGUAUAGAGAGAUGUUAAUGAGAUACUUCAUGGUGACAAUCUAUAAAUAGAUACCUGUCUAUGUGCAUA